GGUACAUACACUACCUCUUCCCUGAGUACAAAAUCAACAACCACAUCUGACCCUCCUAACAUUUGCAAAGUGAAACCCCAACAGUUACAGACAAGCAGCCUGCCUUCUGCAAGUCAUUUUUCACAGUUAAGCUGCAUGCCUUCGCUUAUUGCCCAGCAGCAACAGAGUCCACAGGUCUAUGUGUCUCAGUCGGCAGCAGUAACACAAAUGCCAGCUUUCUAUGUGGACACAACUCAUAUAUUCAAUACCCAGCACGCAAGAUUGGCUCCACCAUCCUUGGCUCAACAGCAAGGCUUCCAGCCAGGUCUUUCUCAGCUGGGUGGUUGCAACUCAGUGGUACACACCAACAACAACAUAUCCAAGUCUCAACCAGCCUUUAUGCAAAGCAGUCUGACCCAACCAUCGAUGGUUCUUUCUGGCACUGCCAUUCACAACUUCCCCGCUGUCCAACACCAGGAACUUGCCAAGGCACAGUCAGGUCUUGCCUUUCAGCAGACUUCAAAUACUCAGCCAAUUCCCAUUUUGUAUGAACAUCAGCUGGGUCAGGCAUCAGGAUUAGGAGGUUCCCAACUGAUUGAUACACAUCUUCUCCAGAGCCUGACUCGUCCUGCACAAGUAAGCCAGCCUUUCAGAGGAUUAAUCCCUGCUGGAACACAACAUAGCAUGAUUGCAGCCCCAGGAAAAAUGUCGGAAAUGGAAUUGAAAGCUUUUGGAAGUGGCAUUGAUAUUAAACCAGGAACACCUCCGAUCAGUGGUAGAAGCACCACACCUACAUCUAGUCCAUUUCGGGCUACUUCCACAAGUCCGAAUAGCCAAUCCAGCAAAAUGAACAGCAUUGUCUAUCAGAAGCAAUUCCAGUCAGCCCCUGCCACUGUGAGA